AUGAACACAAGUACAGUCAUCAGCUGCUCAUCGGACUACCUGCAGAUUUUUGACGGACCUUCGACGUCACCCAGACUGUUUGACAAAAUGUGUAGAACAUGGGAAAAACUCACAGUGUCAACAGGAAAUAACAUGCACAUUGAGUUUAGGACAACAGGACGUUUAAUGUUUAUCGCCACAUUCAAAAUAUAUGAAAGACACUGUACACUUUAUGAGUCUGGCAAGUUGGCAAGUCCUGGAUAUCCCUUACAGUAUUUGAAUGAUCAGGAGUUUUCAUGGACUCUAUCAACUCGUACUGAUACACGUCUCAUUCUAAACAUAUCGUUUGUGGAUACAAAGUAUUGUGGCACAGACUAUAUCACCGUGUAUGACGGAGCUACUAAGAAUGCUGCAAGUUCUAAAAAUGUUUGCGGUACUGGAGGCUCAGAAGUGAUUGUAUCGUCAACAAACAACCUGUUGGUCACUUUUACAACAAAUAGUUACAAUACUGGCAAAGGAUUUUAUGGGGAGUUUUAUUCACACAAUAGUAGACCAAUCACACUGAACGAGUCUCAAGGUAACAUCUCUAGCCUUGGAUAUCCAUUUGCCAACCUGGAGAACAUGGUAUACACCUGGACUAUACUUAGCAAAGCUGAUAGUUACAUCCUCAUAAAUAUUUCAGAUUUUGAAUUAGGGGAUAAAUGUCAGUACGAUUACCUAAGAAUAUAUGACGGACCCACAACAUUUUCACCGAUGUAUGGGGAUUUCUGCUCGUCAGUACCACCAGGGUUAAUGGCUUCAACGGGAAACUCUAUGUUUGUCGUCUUAAAUACUAUUGGCGCUAACAUGUAUAAAGGCUUUUAUGGAAAUUAUGAGAUAAGAGAAAGAAAUUAUACGCAGAAUGAGUCUGGCAUAUUGCCAAGUCCUGGAUAUCCCUUACGAUUUUUGGAUAAGCAGGAAUAUACAUGGACUCUAUCCACUCGUACUGAAUCACGUCUUAUUUUAAACAUAUCGUCCGUGUAUAUAGGGUUUGAUGGCGCAUGUCAUAUCACUGUGUACGACGGGGCUACUACGAAUGCUCGAAAUUUUAAAAGACUUCGUGGUUGGAGAGACUCAGCAGUUAUUGUGUCGACAACAAACCACUUGUUGGUCACUUUUAAAACAUAUUCUAGCUUGACGAGACAAGGAUUCUAUGGAGAGUUUUAUAUACACGGAAAGAUUUUUGAGAAGAAUAAAUAG